CCCCACGCCACAUUUUCCGUCAUUCUCUCUCUUUUCUUCAAACGUUUUUCUUAGACCUUCUUUCCAUCAGCUGACUUCUCUAAGGACGUCUGCUUUUCCUCACCCUCAGUACCCUCUUCCCCUUUCCUUAGAGAAGCACACGCAGAACUCUUCUCUCCCGCAUUUUCUGCCCGUGUUUAUCUCUCUAACCUUUCCUCUGCUCACUUUCCCCUCGCCCUUGACUUAACCGAGGGGUAUCCCCCAUGCCAUAACCGCGAGCUGGAAUAUCAACAUUCAGCCUGCACUGCCAGAGAUAGAUUGCGGACAAAGAAAAGCAACGAGAGUUCACAACAAACGUGUCGUCAUAAGGCUUGUGUGCGUGUGUACCUUCGAGAUUCAAGCGGAUGAAACGAGAAUAGUCAGAGAUUCAGCAUCGAGGACCCAGUGCUUUUGUUCCGAUUUUCAAAAACAAAAAACAAGUACAAUUGAAAUUUUACUAUUUUUACGCGUUCAUUGUGUUUAUUGUGCUUUGAAUUUGCCCCAAGGCCAUGAUUUAUAAAGAUGAUAUUUCUCUUGUGUUUCUUUGAAACCAGAAAUGUGUGGAUCGUUCUCAAUUUCACCUGAGCUCAUCCCGACCCACAACUGGAGUUCACCGCACCUGGAUAACUAUGACCUCCACUCACGAGAAUUGUGAAAGCACGGAGGACAAAACCAGAUGUUGUACUCUUUGAGAAUAUUAUUCCUAGCAAUGGUGGAGUCUUUCUGACUGUUUUUUUUCUUUCGUUCCCACAUAUGACCGAGCAACCGGUCUCAGAAUUCCUUGCAACUGACGUAAUAACAUCAAGGCUAAACGCACAACUGAGGCCCUGACAUAAUGCUGCUAUUCAUGAACCCAUGACAAAUCCACUGGAAGGUCAGAACUGCUGUUCUUGAUGGAGGCAACAGCCUUGAGAGAAAGAAAAACCGUUGCAGAAAUAAUCUGAAGACAAAUUAUGUAGUUUUCUUCUUGUGUGUAUUUGAUUCGCACGGUGUGCUUCUAAACGUUCAAAGUAAUCAACAAAUCAAUAUACGAAACAAACGACAGUACUUUAAAUAUCACACCUCGUCCACUCUACGCUAUAGCUCAGCGCCCUGCUUUUUGGUUCUGCUAGCGUGUCAAGGGCAGAAAAAUGUGACAUAUUUCUGAUAAAAGUUCAAGCAGUUAUAAUUCGACGUGAUGGUUAAUUGACCCCAGAUUGCUAUAAACAUGGGUGUUAAUCUAGACAGCGGUGUAUCACAAAGAUCUAAGACUAAAGAAGACCAAGAACUGCGUGACAUGUCCAUCAUCGACUUGACCAAGUCAGCGCGGGAAGACCUGGUGGUCCAAGUGCUCCACGAUAACCCGUCCUCUUGUCUUCUUGUGGAUGAGGAGGAGCGUACAGCUCUGCAUUGGGCUGUAGAGUUCGGAUACGCUCGACUCACACAGCUCCUGGUGAGUGCUCAACUCCCGACUGAUGCCUCAACAGCGACGAAGGGUGGCUUUUUGAACAAACGUGACUCUAAAGGACACACAGCGCUUCACAUAGCGUGCAACGCCAAACGAUCGGAUAUUGCCUCUCUGCUGGUCACACUGAAGGCAGAUUUGUCAGCGACUGACCAGUCAGGGAAUACGCCACUUCACCGCGCUGUGAGGAACAAUCUGGAAACCACAUCUAUCCUGAUGUGUGAAUACGGCGCUGAUGUAAACGCGCGGAACGAACUUCAGUGGACGCCGCUUCACGAAGCCACAAGGACAGGAAAUGAAAACCUACUGCAAGUGUUAAUUAAGCACGGCGCAGAUACAAACGCAGUCACACACAAUCAUAUGAGUCCCUUCCUCACAGCUUUCUUCUACUAUAAAAUCGCUUCAAAAGGGAACUCAUACCCAAACCUGGACAACAUUUGGAAGGUUCUCAUCGAGUCUGGCUGUCAGUUGUCACAGAGUGAUGGUCACUGGACGCCACUGACCGCUGCCAUUGCGUGUGACAAUACCUUUAUCGCAGCACUGUUGCUGUUUAAUGGCUGCCAGUUGGCCAGAGAGGGUCGCUGGGGGCGGGGGAUGUUGCAGGAGACCUUCUCGUGUGGAGAGCCCAUGCUGGUCAAGCUUCUUGUCUUACUGGGAUAUUUACCUUCACCAGAGGAGGUGCAGUACUGCAGCAAACAGAUCCCCAUGUAUUCCAAAGUGUUCACCCGUCUUGCUGGGCUUGGCUCCGGGCUUCACAGAGACAGACAAGCGGUGGUCACGUGGCUGAAACAGAGGGAACUGGAGCCCCCAUCCCUGGCUGAAUGGUGCAGAGUGUCUGUCCGGCAGGCUAUGAACGUGUCCUCGGGAGAUCGCUCCUUUAUCGGCAACAUCAAAGAACUGCCGCUGCCCAAUAAGCUCAAGCAGUUUAUUGCUAUGUCCGAUUUUACGCAUUAUCUCUGUGACUAGUUAAAAGGUGAAACUAUCAGACACGCACUUUCGAAAAAAAAUAAAAUAAUAAAAACAACUUACUAUCAAAUAAGCACACUUUUGAUGAUAUCGAUACGUUAAGAUUGCCGAUUCCAUCCAACGGUUACAAUCCCUUUGAAAAAAUUACUCCGAA